AUGGAGGUAGCCCAGGCGACGAUCCCGCGUCUCUCGCUGCCUCUCUCUCUCUCCUCUCCUUCUUCGGUUUCUUCUUCAGCUUCUGCUUCCUCUUGUCUGCCAUCUGGGCACUGUCCAUGGGAGCGGAGGGGCGUGACAGGGGCCGUUGCGGAUGCUGCCGCGCCAGUUUCCGCUCUGCCUGCUUCCUCUAGCCCCGUUUCACCUGCCGUCUCCGCAGGGUCUCCUUUCUCGUCUUUGUUGUAUGUUUCGUCCUCUGCGGGUGCGAGCCCGCCAUUCGUCUCCUCUUGCUCAGGUGACUGGAGCCCUUCAAAGUGUGUGCCGGCGCGCGCAACCCCGCGACGAUGGCAUCCGAGUCUCGCUUGCCUAGUCAGUGUCGCUCUUGGCCUCGCCUUUGCCGGUCUACACUCUCUCGGCUCCCCGUGCACGCUUCCCUCUUCCUUUGUCGUUCUUUCUGCCCCUACUCUCUUUCCUCUUGGUGCUCAGUUUCUGCUUCCUGCUUUCGCCGGUCUGCCCCUGUCGUGCGGCUCGUCACGUCUGCCUUUCUUCUUAUCGUUUUCGUCUUUUGUCUCCGCCUCGACGCAACUUCAUCUCGAGGGCGCGCCUCAGCCGCGCGCGUGCCGCCUCCCGCCUCCGCGUGGUGAGUUGCUCCGCCAGCAGGAGACCGCCGGGUCUCUGCGUCCACCCCUCCGCGCGCGCUGGAGCUCGGGGCGUUCGGUUGCGAACUCGUUUUCUUCGCCUCUGUCUUUUCUAAACCCGACGACACCUCCGCAUCUCUCGCGGCGCAUUCCGCUGGCGCCGCUUCCCCCUUCAGCCGGAGUUUCUCUGCCGUCUCUCGCGUCUUCGCCCGCGACGGCGCAUCUCUCCUCGCCGAGCCCGGCGCGCUCGCCACCUGUCUCUCCUGUUCACGCAUUCCGCGGCGCCAGCUUGCCUUUCUCGUCGUCGCGAUUAUGGUCUGCUUCUUCGCCUGCUUCUGAAGCGGCUUUUGAGUGUCCUCGGUGCACAGUCGUUCGCCACACUCGGCCUCCGACCGUCGUCGGCGACGUUUCCCUUCUCCGGCCUUCGGCUUCAGAGUCCGCGGCGUCGAAGCCUCAGACUCCUUCGCCCUCUCUUUCUCGCAAAGCCUCCCUCUCUUGUGAUUCGUCUCUCUCGUCGAUUUUCAUCUCCAGCGCGUCGCCGUCUUCCACGUCGCCCACGGCGUCUGCCUCUUCCGCUCUCGCUUCCUCCUGCGGGCCUGCGGAGGCGCGCGAGCGAGAGAGCCUCAAAGGGCACGGCUGUGCGAUGCGCGACGCGGCGGGCGCGUCUCUGCGCGGCCUCAUUCCUGUGCGCGUCUAUGCAGAACCUGAGCUAGCCAGAUGUCUGCAUCUCGCAGCUAGCGCUAGCCGGCGGCGUGUCUUCCUGCCCGUGGAGCGGCUGCUCGCCACACUCGCACACCACGCCCGCCGCGCGCGGACGGGGCCUGCGGAGACGGGCGCAGGGAAAUCGCUGCCGGGAGAGGGUGAAGCGGAGAGAGGCGAACGCGCGCAGAGGGGGGAGAGACACGCUGCGAUGGACGUCGCGGUGCGGGCUCAGACAGCGGGCGGGGGCCCUCGAGGUCGCGAGACGCCCGAGGCAGAUUCUUGCGGGAUGUCGAGCGCGCCUCUCACGCUCUCAGAAACUCUUGCAGCGAUGCGACGCGUUCACUCCUGGGCAGACUUCUACGGAAUCCCUCUGCGCCUGAGCUACAGAUGGACUGAACGACAGCUGCGACCAGAUGCCCCAGGCAGCGAGCGGCGCACGACAGACGGCGAGGCGCGAGCGGAGGGCGAAGACGCGGGGGAGAGCGAAGAAAGCGAAGACGAAGGCGGCGCGAAGAAAGUGCGAAGAGAGGGGACUGGAGAGGAGGAAAGCAGCCGCGAGGGGGCUGCAGAGGCAGGGGCACAGAGAGAAGGCCACAAGAAAGGAUAUGACAGGGAAGGACGAAGUGAAGAGGCGCAUGUCCUCGACACGGAUGAAGCCCUGCAGGCGUUCCUUGCGGAGGCCUUCGGCCCUGCUCUGCAUGCGUACAUGAAGGAGCCUCUCUGCACUCACGGCGAAGGCGAAGACGCAGCGUCUGUCUCUGCACACACGUGCGGCACCCUGCUCAAGCCGAGCGAAGAACGAACGAGCUUCGAAAGCCCCGGGGCGAGCGCAGGGGAACGUGACGACGAGGCGAAAGGAAAAAAGGACGACGUUACAAACAAGAGAAACGCCAAAGAAUGGGAACCUUCCAAUGAAGAGAAAGAUCCGACCCCGCCUUCGACGUAUCCUGUGCGUCUGUUGAAGUUGAAGCCUCGUCCGCCAUCGGACUCGUCGCAGAACAAAGUUUUAACUUUCUACCUCAUGCCGCCGCCUGCACCGCACUGGCCUCCACCGCCAGUGGCUCCCUUCCUGCUUCCCCCGCCGCGGCCUAGCGCCGCGGAGUCGUUUGAUUCCGCGUCUUGCCUGCCUGCCUCGCUCUAUCCACCUGUCUCGGAGUCCUUUCUUCCCGCGGUUGCUGCUUCCUCGCCGGCGGCGACAACGUCGCCAGCGGCCUCGUCGACCGGCGAGUCGCCCUUCCGCUUGCUGUCGUUCUACAAGUUCGUCGCGCUACGUUCCCCGGAGCGCCUCGCGCAGAUUCUCCGCCUCCUGUGGACGCCGCUGGGCAUUCUCGGACGCACGUACGUCGCUGUGGAGGGCGUCAACGGCCAGGUGGCUGUCCCCGUGGCGAGCCUCGCUCACUUCUUCGCUUCGCUGCGCCUUGUGCCGGAGCUGCGCCACGGCGUCGCGGUGAACUUCGACCCCUGGUCAAUGACGCAGGCCGAGUACUUCUGCGACGCGGAGACAGGCACAGACGAGACUGCACGCCGAGAAGGAAGGCGCGAGCGCCUGGCAGAAGACCUCGCCGGCACGGAGGAGACGCGCGGCGCGAGUGAGGGAGCAGGCGUGCUCAAGGCGGGGAUGCCGCGGGCGGCGCGCGGCGAAAGCGAGGGCGCACACGCGGCGGAAGGCGGGGAGGCCGGAGGCGCUGAAACCGAAGCGCGGCGGGGCUGCGGAAGUCCGGAGAGCGGCGCAGUCCGCACGGGCACCCCGCCCUUCCACGAUCUGUGCAUCCGCGUGCGUCAUCAGGUGCUCGCUGACGGGGCUUCCGUGCCUAGCUCUCCCCUCCCCGUGGGCGCCGGGCUCGUGCCCGAACCCAGUCGCGUCUCAGCUGCCUGCGAGCAGCCCGCCGCUGCGCUGGCGCGGCCGCUGCCUUCUUCAUCGGAGGCGUCGGCGGGUUCGCACGCUGCGGGCUGCCGGGAGGAGGACGGUGAGAGUCUGCGCGGCCUCGACUGGCACGACUGUGGCGUGGAGCUCGAGCCGCACGAGUGGGAGCAGAAGCUGAGUGAGCUGCUCGCGCUCCAGCGCGAAGCGGCGGCCGAAGCGGGGAAAGACCUGCAAGGCAGUGCGGCCGGAGGGAAGCCGAGAGAAGAAAGCGGAGAGGGAGAAGGCGGCGCAGAGCAGAGGGCCUCCGCGGCUGCAGCAAACGCUCAGGUGGCCAUGCAGUCAGCAGACGCGGGUAGCAAGAAGAAACGCAAGAAGAUCAUCCUGCUGGACUGCCGAAACAAAUACGAGUCGGACGUUGGCUUUUUCAAAGGCGCUGUGCCUCUCGACACGGAGGUCUUUUCUGAAAGCUUCGGAGAUAAAGGCGCGAUCAAGACAAUCCUCUCCGAGUUAAACUUCCUCCCUCAGUCGACACAAGAAAUAAUGUCCCCCUCUGCCUCGCCCUCGUCGCGAUGGGCUUCGCCUUCGCCGGCGUCUGCCUCUGCAGGAGCUCCGGGUGCCGACCGAGAAGGCAGAGACACACAGACAAGCGACGCACGAGAAGAAGAAGCAGCCAAAGAAGUGGAAGUCAUGAUGUAUUGCACCGGCGGCAUUCGCUGCGUGAAGGCGGGCGCGUAUGUGAAGCAGAGCCUCGGCAUUCCUCGGGUCUUCCGCCUCAAGGGCGGAGUUCUGCGCUACGCGGACUACCUGUUCAACCUCCAAGAAAAAGAAGAGAGAGAAAACACGAACCGUGGGUCGCCGCCACCCUCCUCUUGCGCUCCUCCGUCUUCUUCGCCGUUGUCGUCAUCCUCGUCUGUCUCGGCUCCUGCUUCCUCUCCGUCAUCGUCCGCCUCGCCUGCUUCACUCACCUCUUCUCAUUCUUUCUCGUCCUAUUCUCCCCCUCCCAUCCCCUCUUCUUCUGCUUCGUCUGCUUCUGCUUCGUCUGAUUCUGCUUCGUCUGAUUCUGCUUCGCCUGCGUCGCGUGCGGCUGCGCGGGCGUCCUUUCUGGAUCGACGCAGCUUCUUUUUGGGGAGCUUGUAUGUGUUCGAUGACCGCAUGACGCGCCGCGUGACUUCGCAUUUGUUUUCGCCCUGUUCGUCGUGCGGAGCGGAGCUUUCGGCGGCCUACGCGAACUGCGGAAAUCCAUCUUGUCACGCACGCGUGCUCCAGUGCGACGCCUGCGCACGGAGCCUCUGCGGCUGCUGCAAGGAGUCCUGCAGGAAGGCGGCGCUUUUGCGGAUUGCAAAGUCAGGAACGCUCGACACACGAAUCGCUGUCGAAGCAGACAACGCAGAGAUGACUCACGCCGGCGAGAGGAUGAACAAGUCAGACGACGAGGGAGCGCCGGCCUCAUGCGAGCGGGUAGCGACAGACACCGCGCACACAGCGAGCCGUAUCCCACACCUGGGAGUAGAAAAAAGCCGCGAGCAGCGAGGCGACAAGGAGCGCGCGCCUCAGGCGGCAUCGCCUGACGGUUUUUUGGAAGCGGAGUCCGAGCCGCAGGAGGCGGAGAUGGAGAUGUUUUUCGCGGGCGAGAGUGAAAAACGCGAGAAGGCACGCGAGAGAAGAAGGCGCGUGCAAGAAAAACAGGCGCGAGCACGCGCGAAGUUCUUCCCGACUCAGCUCCGCCUCGCGGUGCUUCUCGAAGAAGGCGAAAGGGAGCGGAGGGAGCAAGAGAGGAGUGAGGAACUGACGGCGAAGCAGCAGAGCGCGGGGGGGCGAGAACUUGUGAAGAAGGGGCAGGCCGUCGUUGCAGGACUGGAGGUCGAAAGAGAGUCGAGAAGUGUCAGAUUUAACCAGAGAGAGCGCGAGCCGCCAAGCGCCGUAGACGACGAGAGAGGCAAAGUGAACGGAGAAGACGCAGGAGCGGCAGUGGAGGACGGGUCGCGCAGGGCGGAUGGGGAGAUGACAGGACCGCGGCCGACUCUUUCGUCGUCGAUCCCAGGGAUCGGGAGGCUCGGGGAUGCCCGCUUCUCGGCCGCUGUCUCUGCUGCGGAGCCGGUGCCAGGGGCCGGCGACGGCGCUGGGGCGAGGGGGGAGCUGGAGACAGGCGGGAGAGCCGGUCAGCAAGGAGAGAAAGACGAAGAGUCUCGGGAGUUUUUUCACGCUCUGGGGGACGAAGAGAAGGACGCCGAAGACGGCAGAGGAGAGGGUGAUGUCUUUGCGCAGCUGCAUGCUGAGGCCACAGCAGCUAGCGACGAAUCGCCUACGCAGGGCCCUCUCCUGGAGGCGCUUCUCGCGGCGACGGAACGACUUGUGUGGGGCAACGACGGCGGCGACGAAACUUGCACGAGAGCGGAAACGCAUCCAGGCCGCGACCGGGAAGGAAGCCGCUCUCGCGGACAGGGACGAGGGACUCAGGGAGCGGACGACGAAUCGCAGCGGGCGUGUGAGAAGGACACGGCAGGUUCACAAAUUCUCGAUGUGAGGGAAUGCAGAGAACGAAACGAAGCUGCUCCGGAAGCAGGCCCGCAAGGUUUGCAACUCGCCUGCGUGAAGCACGAAGAGGACAAAUCCGAGCCGCCGACGCGACACGCUCCAGGAGGGCAGUGUGAAGUGUCUGGGAGCGCAGGGCCUCAGGCCAGGCCCUCGAACGUCUGCACAGUAGACGCCGAGUUGCAGCAGAAGGAGACGCGACGCAGCGCAGCGGCGAAGAGGCACGCAGCGCCUCAGGAUGGCGAGGCAGUGGGCCAGAAUCCUCUGAGAAGGGAAGCGACGCCCGUGGGCGCGAGGGACUCAGGGCCUUGGUGGAGCGACGGACUGCAGCAGCGGCUCCUCGCCAUGUUGUCUCGGCUGCAGAGGCCUCGCACCAUCCUCGAAAUCGGGACAUUCACUGGACUCUCAACGCUCAGCCUCGCCGAAGGUCUGCCCCUCCCUCGUGGCCUGCCUCUGAGAGGCGCACGGGACCACGCGGCUGACGGUGACCAACGAGAACGUGGAAGAGACAGUGACAGAAGGCGAGUGCAGCCUUCAGCCGAAGGAAGGAGAUCUUCAGUCGGAGGGCACGCCGAGCAAACAAAUCUGGGCCAUGCCGCGGGACAGCAUAGUUCGCAGCCGGACGAAACAGGGAUGAGCCAGACGCACACGUCAGCGGCGUCGCCGCUUCUUGUCACACUAGAGCGGGACCCGCGCGCCGCGCAGGUGGCCUGCGCGCACUUCGCCUUGUCGCCGUACGCGGCUUACAUUCGGCUCAUAGAAGGAGACGCCAGCGCGAUUCUACCGCUGCUACGGCGCCGAAUAGAGCCGAGGAUUCCAGAAGGAGGCCGGCGAGAGUCGCCUGCACUCGCGGCUGCGAUGACGCACAUAGCUGCAGAGGCCUCCACGGUCCACGGCCGCCAACGAAGCGAAGGAUGCGGGAGAGAGAAAGACGCACGAACAGGAGAUGACGACGGGACAAGCGGAGAAAAACGAGAGGAAGGAAACCAGAACGAGGCAAGAGAAGAGGACAAAGCUGUGGAUGGAAAUGGGGAAGACGGCCGAGACGCUGGCAGCCGAAGUACAGCCGCCGGAGCGGCCGGCGCGGGCGUGCGGGGGCAUGAAAGAGACGAAGGGGACAAGGAGAGAAGGCGACACGCAAGGAACAGAGAAGAAGAGCUCACGGAAAACUGGUCGCGACCUGCACACAUGGGAGAUGUCGCCAGCAGUGGAGGCGGAGAGAAGGGGGGCAGGGCUUGCGUGAUCGACCGGAAGAACCUCGACGGGCUCCCCGUCCCCAGCGGCGGUUUCGAUCUGAUUUUUCUGGAUGCCAGCAAGCGGAAAUACGCUGACUUUCUCUCGCACAUUCUCCACCCAACACAGCCCCUCCUGGCGCCAAGCGGGCUCCUUCUCAUCGACAACAGCCUCUUCAGAGCACGCCGCAAGAGUCUGAGUCUCUUCCCAAGGCGCACGUGCAGACGCAGCGAAGCCACGACGCCCUCGGGGCGCCUCAGAUCCCGGGGAGACGGAGAGACCCCCGAGACGGUUGAACCCGCGCAAGCAACAGAGCGUGGAGAAGGAGACGCAGGUCGCGAGACCGAGCUCAGACGGAACGGGAAAGCGACACAGGUGGAGCUGACUCCAGCCGCGCAGCCCACACAGGCCGCUGCUUGUCGGCUUGUGGCGGGGCAGGCGAAAGACAGCGCAGAGAAGGAAACGAAAGUGGAUUUCGACAGGAGAGACUGGAAGCUGCGCAGCAGAGAUGGCGCGCAGCUGAGGACGGCAGCGGGGAUGACUGAGGCAUCGAACGAAGAACGAGACGCGUACGUAGACGCAGAGAAAGUGCAGGGCGAGGCGCCAGUGGACGAACGGCGGAUGCGAAAGGAACUAAAGCGGGGGAGCCGCCUUGAGCAAAUCGAAAAAGAAAUGGAACGUGUGCGGUACAUGUUGCAUAACGACAGCCGCGUCACCCAGACUGUUCUUCCCGUACGCGACGGGCUCUCUGUCGUUACGUGGAGACAAUGA